AUGAAAAAUGAAGAAGCAAAUAUUAUGAACAAAUUGGAGGACGAAAUUCGAAUAAAGAAAAAUUUCGAACGACAGUUCGAAAAAACGAAAAUUCAGUUACAAAAUCGAAACAAAGAUUUGGCAUGCUCUGAACAAAAAAUUUUGGUCUUCCAACAAGAACUUGAGGUCGAAAAUAAUGCUAUCGCAGAGUUUCAUAAGCAACCGUUAGCUACACCAUUAAGUAUUUCUAAAAAGAUUGAGGGGAAUACAGAAAUCACUACCGCUGUGGAUAGAAUGGUGGAUUUUGAGCGGAAAUACAAAAUUCUGGUUGUUGAAUUGAAAAAAAAGAAUGAAAUUAUUUAUGAAUUGAAACGGAGUUUGGAGGAAGAAUUUUUUCAAAGAAAUGAACUAAAUCAACUCCUCAGAAAAGCUCAAAAUAAUUUUCAACUCAUCGAAGAGGGCUUGGAACUUGGAAGGAAUCUUGUCCUACUUAAAACACAGAAUGAUCAAUUCACGACACAACUAGAGGAGAACGAGAAAAAAAUUGAAGAACUUAAACAAAAAAUUUUUUUACUGCGUAAUCAGACGAGAAAAGUCGAAGGAGGCAUAGACUUCUAUUUGCAAACUGAAAUCUCAAGACUGCGCAUCAGAAUUGCUGAGCUUACUGAAAAACUGGCCAAUCAAGAAUCAAAGAUCCCUUUAGAUAUAGAUAACGAUUCUGCUUUCUGUAAUAGAGUAUGCUGCUUAAAAAGUUUAAUACGAAAGGACAUUAAAUCAUUGACUGAGAAAGUGGAAAAAACUUCGAAAGAACGGGAUGAAAUUUUAUAUAAAUUUAUACACUCAAGUAUACGAUAUCUGCGUAUGGCAAGCAGACUUGAAGGGCUUGAAUAUGAAUUAAAAUCUUUAAAAAAAGAGUUUGGAAUUCAGGAAAGUGGCUGUAAUAGACAAGAAAUCAUUAAAAACAAUGAUACGAACAGUUGUGGAAUCCUGCCGCGAACAAAUUUGAAACGAACUUUGAACAUUUAUGAAAAUGGAAUUAUACCACUCGAAAAACUCAUUAUGUUAGCGAAGCGUCGGAAGGAAACGGUCACUACGAAUCAAUUUCCGAAUAUUUCUUCGAUUAGUGAAAAACAUUCGUCACGUUUGAGAUUUAAGAGGAAACAUUUUCUUAAUAUGGCUAUGGAUGCGGCUGAUGGCAUGUUUUGCAGCAGUGAUACUUUUUCUGAUAGCUCAGAAACGCUAGAAAAAAAGAGUAGGCCAAGUUUCUGA